CAGGGAGAGUGCUGCAGCGCCGCUCCUCUUGCCCUCGUGCGACUCGCCGUUGCGCAUCACGCGCGACGCGCGUCUUGACGAGAUGCAGGUCCUCUCCGAGGCCACGGUCAUCAUGCAGCAGCCCAAGAUCCAGCCGCCGCCCACUUCGCCGAUCCCGGACAGCCCCGACACGGCCAGCCACCCGGGCGUCGAGGAGGACAUCGCGGGCGCCUGCGCGCAGCGCAUCUCUGAAAAAGGGCAUCUUCCAGCGCCGGCCCGCCUCGAGCCUGCGCAGCCGCCACGGACCGCUCCACCGCCAGCAGCGCUGCCGCCUGCCCAGCCGGCUGAGUGGCGGCCGCAGCCUGCAGCCCCGCCGCCUCUGCAGCCUCGACCUGCGGCGGCGGAGCCUGCAGCACCUUGCGCGGCUGCGGCUGCAGCACGCGAGGGUACGGGCGCCCCGGCGUCUUUCCAGGAGGCGUCCGCAGCCUCCGCCGCCGCGCUUGCGCCGCCGGCGCCGACCAGGAACGACGCUGCGGAGCUCCUCCUCCAGGCAGCGUGGGGAGGCUCCCCUCCGGCGCCGUGCACCGCAGCGCCGACACAGCAAGCAGUCGAGCCGCGGGUGGCUGUUGGCCGGGCGGGAGGCAACGACGCCUCGCGACACCUCGCGCCGGCGGCCGGCGGAAUGAGCGCCAUCGCCCUCGCUAUGCAGCCACCGCUUCAGCCCGCACCGCCAGCGCUCGCGCCGGUGCCCCCGAGUCCGAUGCCUCUGCCGCAGCCGCACGCGAUGCAGCCGCCGCCGAAGCAGGAGCAGCCAUACGUACCACCGCAGCUCCUGGCCAACGAGACGCUCCCCCCGCCACCGCCUCCGCCCGAGCCGGCCGCCCCUACACCGUGCGCAGAGGACGACAGUGUCGCGGCGCUGCUCCUCGGCUUUGGCGCCGCGUCGCGCACCGCCGCGCCGCCACCGCUGCCGGCUCCGGUGGUUGCGCCGCCGGCGCCGUGGGGCGGGCACGCGGAGCAGAUGGCCUCGCUCAAGCCGCACAUCGGCUUGGACCAGCGGAACGGCGGGGCGGCGUUGCUCCAGGCGGUGGGCCGUGCCGACAGCGGCAGCGGCGCUGUGCGGGUCGAGGGCGCGGCGGCGAGAAGGCGAGAGCGCGAGGAGGGCGUCCCGGCGGGGCAGCGGCGCGGCGCGCCGCGGCAGCGCCUCGACGAGGGCGCGCGCGCGUGGGACAGCGAGGAGGAGGACGGGGGGGGGGAGGAGGACGAGUACGACGACGACGACGACGACGACGAGGGCCGGCUCGAGGAUGUGAUCGACUUGCGCGGGUACUCGCCGCGCGCCGCCAUCGGGCUGCGCGUGCAGGUCUCGUACGAGGAGCGGCAGGGCAAGCAGAUGGUGUCGGUGCCGUACCGCGGCGAGGUUGUCUCUGUCGACAUGCGAAAGGGGCUGCGGGUCAAGCUCGACGGGUACGUGCGGAGGGAGUGGGUGACCGACGAGGACGAGUGGAGGUGGGUGCCGCCCGGCGACCAGGCGCUGCUCCCGCACCAGCAGGAGCUGAUCGACCGGGCGAACGAGGCGGACGCGCGGGCCAAGGGCGGCGCCAAGGCGGCGGGUCCGGCUGCCAAGGCCGUUGCCCACGUCGUGCUCAGGCUGCGCGGCGCCGAGGGCGUGCGGCUUCCCGGCGGCACAAAGCCACCGCAGCAGAUGACGCGCCGCAUGCGCGCCGCCACCGCGCCGCGCACGAGCUCUGGCGGCUCCGAGUCCGAAUCGGACGACGCAGUCGCCAAGCCCGCCGAGAAGCCGCAGAAGCAAGCCCCGCUGGCGUCGAUCGGCGCGACCAACAGCGCGCCGGGCGGCAAAAAUCCCGAGGUGACCGUGGCGGCCGGCGCGCACGCGGGCGAGAAGGCGACGGUCCUGCACGUGGGAAACGGCUGGGUGCGCCUGCAGCUCGGCUCCGGCGCCGUCGUCCACCUGCGCAAAUGGGACUUGCAGGGCGAGAUCCCCACGAAGGUCCGCUCACCGGCCGUCAAGCCGCUCGCAAAGGUGGCGGUGCCGGCGCCCGAGCCCGCCGCCCCGGCGGGGCCGUCGCCGCGCGAAGAGCGCGCUGCAGAGCGAGAGCGGACGGCGGGCGCCGAGGGCAAGGCGGAGUCCGUGGGGAAGGCGAGCAAAAGCAAGGGCGGCGCGGCGGCGGGCAGCGCGGAGGCCGCACCAGCGGGCGGCGCGGAGGCGGCCGGCGGCGCGGCGCCGGCGGCCGCCAAGGAGCCGGCGGAGAGGCCGAAGAAGCGGCCGCCGCCGGAGCUCAUUGCGGAGGGCUUCGUGAUUGGGGCCCCGGUGUGGGCGCGCCUGUCCUUCAUCAAGUUCUCGCACGGCGUCAUCCAGAGGGUGCAGUCCUCCUCCAAGUGGGUGCUGGUCCGGCUCGACUCUGGCGCCGACCAGUGGGUCACCGUGCGCGAGCUGGUUCUCGACGCGCCGCCGCAGAGGGAGGCGGUCGCCGAUGGGCUGGAGGUGAUUGCCGCCUGGCCGGGGGAGGACAGCUACUACAAGGGGACCAUCCUCUCGACCAACCAGCAGGGCGGCUACUCCGUGCGCUACGACGACUGGGACGAGCAGACGGUUGGCCUCUCGCAGAUCCGGCUGCUGCCCGACACCUUUGGCGGCAAGAAGAAGCGCGACGACGCGCGCGCCAAGGCCAAUCUGACGUCGUCCGCCGCCGCCGCCGCCGCCUUGGCCAAGCCGCCGCCGCCCGCGCCGAACCCGCUCCAGGGCGCGAUGGAGUCGUUUGUGGCGGCCGCCAAGGAGCAGCUGCUGGCGUCGCAGCCCGACACGUUUGAGCGGCUCACGCAGCUGCUGGCCCACUUUGGGGCGGCCGAGCAGGCGCCGCCGGCGCGCAAGGGGGCGGCGGCCAACGGCUCGGCCGAGGCCUCGCGAAGCCCGACCGACUCCGCCCUCCGCUCCCUCCUGAGCCCGCACCCGAGAUUGCUCUCCGAGCUGGAGCAGCUGCUCGCCGCGGCGCCAGCCACGCCGGCAGAGGCGCGCGGCGCGGACGGGGAGCCCACGCUCUGCAGCUGGCGGUGGGAGGAGGACGGGAGGCUCACGGGGCGGGUGUACGGCAAGGCGGGCUUCAAGGACGGCACCCUCAUCAGCACGAGCGCCGUCCCUCUCGAGCAGCGGCUGAAGCCGCUGCAGCCGCACGCGCGCGUGGUGACCGAGUCGGGGACAGCCUACCACCUCGGGCUGGCCGCCGCCGCCCCUUUGGCCGAGGGCCACGCCCUCAGGGGCGAGGGCCGCGCCCUCAGCGGCGAGGGCCACGCCGAGCUUGCGGCGACACGCGCGGCCGCUGCCGCCGAGAGCGAGGAGGACGCCGAGCGAGACCCGAGCGAGAGCGGAGAGCCGUCGGGCAAGCCAGCCGUCGGGGAGGGCCGCGGGCCCAAGGCGAAGGGCGCGCGCGAGCUGCAGAAGCUGCUGGACGAGUUUGGGGGCGGCGCCGCCGUCGGUGUCGACGGCGAGAUCCGGAGGAGACGAGGCGCCGGCGAGGGCUGAGAGCCGCAGCAGCACGCCCAUGCAAGCCGCUCGCGCCACGCGACGGCUCUUGCGCGUCCAGAUCCUCUCCUGAUGUCUCGGCAUGAUGUGGAACCUUCCAUUUGUUCUAGCGGAUGCCCCGCGAUUUGAGUUGACAUGACUGUAGCCGCGUACGCGGUACGGCGCGCGCACGGUGCUCCCCGGCUGUUCGUAGCACACUGUACUUGGGGAAGAUGGUGAUACCGCUGUGCUGCUUGUGUUCCCAUAUUCUUGUACUACUUAAGGUUCCCUUAGUCGCC